CAUGAAGGAGGAACCAGAUUUCUCUUCAAACUGGGAGAGGCGCAGAAGAAACUUCUCCUGUCGUUUUGCUUCUGACUGGCUGCAUUAUUUUGGAUUUAAUUCUGAUUUCUGCUUUGCCUUUCAGAUGUUUGUCUGGUAGCCCUAAAAUAAAUCAGAAACUGAAAGUCUAAAGAUUUCCUGAUCUUGGCCGGGAAGGAGAAUGAGGAUGAUGAUAUUGUCGCUCCUGUGUUUUCUCCUGUAUGGAGCAGCAGUUCGUGGUCAGGGCGGCCCUGAAUGCACACCAAAACCCGAAUGCCCCAUCGACCUGUACUUUGUCAUUGACACCUCGGAGACCAUCGCUCUGCAGGAGAACCCACCGGGCAGCCUGGUCAGAAGCAUCAAAGACUUCACCACCGCCUUUGCUAGGAAACUAGAAGACGUUGACUACAAAGGUUUAGUCCAGAUCAGCUGGUCUGUGGGAGGUCUCCACUUCUCCCAGCGGCAGGAGAUCAUCAGCCCCAUCACUAAUAAGGAGGAAUUCAUCAGUAAGCUCAAAAACAUCCAGUAUCUGGGCAAGGGCACCUACAUUGACUGUGCCAUCACUAACAUGACCCAGCAGCUGGUCCGCUCGCCAUCCAAAACCAACGCCAAGCGCUUCGCUGUGGUCAUCACCGAUGGUCACGUGACAGGAAACCCGUGCGGUGGGAUCAAAGUGGCCGGCGAGCGAGCACGUGACCAGUCGAUCAAGAUUUUCUCCGUUGCAUCGUCCAGGAAUCUGGAGGAGGCGGGACUUCGGGAGAUCGCCAAUUCGCCCGUUGGAGUUUUUCGCAAUAAAUACAUGGCGGUUGAUCUCACGGGGUUACGGCCUGUCAUUGUGACAUCAACAAUCGACCGCAUUUACGACACAAUGCUUCAUAUGGCUUAUCAAGAGUGCUACUCUACCAAAUGUUUGGAGACUGCAGGACCUCCAGGUCCAGCGGGACACAAAGGACAGAAAGGAGCUAAAGGAGAUAACGGUGACCCUGGCCCUAAAGGUGCCAUAGGACGUCCUGGAGAUCCAGGUAUCGAGGGACCCAUCGGACAUCCCGGACCUAAAGGAGAGACGGGUCUCAAAGGUGAAAAGGGAGAAUUCGGAACUUCGGGGAAAAAGGGUGUUGCAGGAAUAUCUGGCCGUAAUGGAACAGAUGGGCAGAAGGGAAAGAUUGGCAGGAUUGGCGCCGCUGGCUGCAAAGGUGACCCAGGUGACAAGGGUCCUGACGGCUAUCCCGGAGAUGUUGGUGAUUCUGGUCUUCCAGGGACUCUGGGAGAGAAGGGAGAUCCGGGUCGUCCUGGAAGACCAGGUCCACCUGGCCCAUUAGGUGAUCUUGGGCCCAAAGGAGAAAGAGGAAGUCCCGGAUCACCUGGAGUUCCUGGCCUGAAAGGACCUCCUGGGAUGCAAGGGGGACCUGGACCUAAAGGCGAUCCCGGGAGACGAGGUGACUUUGGACCUAAAGGUGGCACUGGACCUAAUGGUCUGAAAGGAGACAAGGGUGAACCAGGCAGUGAGGGGCCGAGGGGUCUGGCAGGUGAAGUCGGUGACAAAGGAUCUAAGGGUGAUAGAGGACUUCCUGGACCAAGAGGCCCGCCCGGAGCUUCUGGGGAACCAGGACGAAAUGGUACCACAGGUGACCCAGGUGAUGCAGGCCCAAGAGGAGAUCCUGGCCCCCCUGGACCAAAGGGAGAUACUGGACGAGCUGGGUUCAGCUAUCCUGGACAGAGAGGACCUACGGGUGACAGGGGUGAGAAAGGAGGACCGGGGCCCAGAGGAGGUAGAGGAGACUGUGGACCAAAGGGUGACCCAGGCCCAAAAGGAGCUCCAGGACUGUCGGGCGAGCCCGGACCCGAAGGAGAGCCUGGACUGAGAGGGCCAAGAGGAGAUGCAGGAAGAGACGGUGACCCAGGCCCAGAGGGAGACCCCGGCCUCACUGAAUGUGACGUCAUGAACUAUAUCAGAGAGACCUGUGGAUGCUGUGAUUGUGAGAAGAGAUGUGGCGCCCUGGAUAUUGUGUUUGUGAUUGACAGCUCAGAGAGUGUGGGAUUGACAAACUUCACCCUGGAGAAGAACUUUGUCAUCAACACCCUCAACAGACUGGGAUCCAUGGCAAAAGAUCCCAAGUCUGAAACAGGCACUCGAGUCGGCGUCGUCCAGUACAGUCACAACGGAACAUUCCAGGCGAUUCGCCUCAACGACUCCAAGAUCGACUCUCUGUCUGCCUUCAAAGAAGCCGUGAAGAAGCUGGAGUGGAUCGCCGGAGGAACGUGGACUCCUUCGGCCCUGAAGUUUGCCUACGAUAACCUGAUCCGUGACAGCCGUCGCGCAAAGGCUAACGUGAAUGUGGUUGUGAUCACAGACGGACGAUACGACCCACGCGAUGAUGACAAACUGCUUAAUUACCUGUGCACAGACACCAGCAUUGACGUGAACGCCAUCGGUAUCGGCGACAUGUUCGAUCAGCCAGAGGAGAACGAGAGCCUGAAGUCCAUCGCGUGCAGAAAAGAUGGCAGGGUCAUGGGCAUGAGACGAUUCGCUGAUCUGGUGGCGGAGGAUUUCAUUGAUAGAAUUGAGACCGUUCUUUGCCCAGAUCCAGUGAUUGUAUGUCCUGACCUUCCAUGCAAAAGUGAGCCAGCAGUGGCCAACUGCAACCAGCGGCCGAUAGAUCUCGUCUUUAUGCUGGAUGGCUCGGAGCGCAUGGGUCAGGAGAGUUUCCGCCAGGCACGCGAUUUUAUUGAGAGCGUCGCUCGCCACAUGACCCUCGCCCAGGGAGACGACGACGAACGGAACGCCCGCGUGGCUCUUCUGCAGUACGGCGACGAAAACCAACAUGAACUGGCCUUCAAACUUUCCACCAACUUCACGGUCAUCUCUGAUGGCCUGGCCAACAUGAGGUACCUGGACUCUACCUCCAAUGUGGGAAGUGGGAUCAUCCACGCCGUCGAUAACAUCGUCACCAGCAGAGGCACCCGCUUGGCUAGACGAAACGCCGAGCUGUCGUUCGUCUUCAUCACUGACGGGGUCACCAGCAACAAGAACCUCGAGGAGGGCAUUAGCUCCAUGCGCAGGGCAGACGGUGUUGCCACGGUGAUCGCCAUGGGCAGCGAUGUCGACAAUGAAAUUCUGAGCAAGCUUGCACUGGGAGACCAGACGGCCAUUUUUAGGGGUCAAGAUUUUGCCAGCUUUUUUGAGCGAUUUGUUCGGUGGAUCUGCUGAGGGGUGGGUACGGAGUAGAGGGGAGCGGUUGGUGCGUCAGAGGGUUCAGCGGGAUGGUUUGAGUAAAACAGAUUCAUAUGGUCAAUUUGUGCAUAAAAGAUGGUUUGUUAUACGGCGAUAAUGGCUCAAACGUCAUUAGAGCUUUUAAAAAGGGCUGAACCGAAAAUGACAUUUCUAAAGAUUAGUCUCAACUCAAGGCUUCAGGUAUAGGAUGAGUCUGCAGUAAACCAGGAGGUCACGUUACCAGUAACACUCCAAAGAAUAUGUACUGAAUGUGUAGUUUGACAGAGAUGCCAUUGUACUUUUUUACGUCUGUAUUUUUAUCCUGAAAGGCUGAAUUUGUGUUUUCUAUAAUCCUUUACACAAGGUGCUAAACCAGAGAAAGACUGGAGUUUUUCCUGUAUAUCAUUAAAGAGUGUUUUCAUCCGAUGUACAUUAGCAAGCUAAUAAUUCAGGGGGGACAAGAAGCCAUUUGACCAAAACAUGUAACUCUCAAUAAUUGUAUAUCUCAAAACACUGAGCGAUAUUAGAGAUUAAAGACUUGAUUUCAUAGUUAAUGAGAUAAAUCGAUGCCACCUCCCACAUCUUAUGCACUAUCCACAUUUAGUGAAAUAUAGAAAGUACGUACACCUACUGUACAUUUUCAUAUAAAUGGUAAAUUUGAGGUAAUAAGUCGAUUGUUAUGAGCACUAUGAUCACACAUAGUCACUGAAUUCCAGGAAGCAAAAAUAACGAAUAAUAUUUGAGUAUUUGACAUGCUGUUGGACACUUGAAUGAUGAAUUCCUUAGUUGCUGUCAAACGAAAGUUUUAGUUCAAUAAACCAAGCUGUGGUAACACGA